AUGAAUGUAGUGAAUGUUGGAAAGCCUUUAAAACAAAGUCUAACCUUAUUAUACAUUGGAAAACCCACGCAGGAGAGAAAACCCAUGAAUGUAGUGAAUGUUGGAAAGCCUUUAAAACAAAGUCUAACCUUAUUAUACAUUGGAAAACCCACGCAGGAGAGAAACCCUGUAGUUGUAAUGAACGUGGGAAAGCCUUCAGUUGGAACUACCAUCUCAUUUCACAUCAUAAAACCCACACAGGAGAGAAACCCUAUGGUUGUAGUCACUGUGAGAAAGCCUUCAGUUAGAAAUACCAUCUCAUUUCACAUCAGAGAACUCAUACAGGAGAGAAACCCUAUGCAUACAGUGAAAGUUAAAAAGCCUUCAAUACAAAGUCAAACCUCAUUGUACAUCACAAAACCCACAUAG